AGAUGCUGCUCCACUAACUAUUAGAUGCUUCUCAGAACCCCCUCAAUAACAUAAGCAGAUGCUUGGUGCUGUUUAAGGCUGAGGUACCCAAACUCCCAAACUGCAACUAAGAACUCAGACUACUCCUCAAGCAACUCCAUCCUGCGCAUGCCCAGGAGUCUGGUGUUCCUGCUCCCUGUCCCAUUGGGCGCCCAGCUCCGCCCAGUGACAUCCUGGAAGUGGGGAACCCGUAGGCUUGCUUUUACGACUGUAGUAAACCCUCUUUCACGGAAGCACCCUUGUCGCUUUACGAUAGCAACAACGAUGGCGGCUUCCGGUAGCAGAUUUGAAAGUGAGAGGAGCAUCGAAGAACGUAAAGAACAGAAGCGGGUCGCUCGGGCCGAGGUCCUGCGACAGGCUAAAGCAGAUUUUGAGAAAGAAGAGAGGCGUAAAGAACUUAAGCGACUACGAGGAGAAGAUACAUGGAUGUUAGCUGAUGUGAAUGAGCGAGUUGAACAGCUAUCACAGGAACAUUCUGUGAAGAAAAAAAGGAAGAAAGAAAAACACUCAAAAAAAGUUAAGAAAGAGAAGAAGAAAAAGAGCAAGAAACAGAAAUGUGAAAGAAAUGAAUCAUCUGAUAGUUCAUCGAGUUCUGAAGAAGAAUGGGUUGAAGCAGUUCCAUUGCAGGUAACUGACACAGAAAAAGCCUGGAAAGUGAAGAAGGAAAAGUCUGAUAAAACCGAAGAUGCCCAAAUUGUUCAGAGAGAUGAAUGGAUGACCUUUGAUUUUAUGUCUAUUAAAACUGUAUCAUCAUCAUCACUCAAAGAUGAAAAACAGACUGCAAAGAAAAUAGAGCAAGAGAAAGCCCAAGUGAUUGAACAGUCUAGACUUUCUGAAAGAGAAUUGAACCCCUAUUGGAAAAAUGGUGGAACAGGUCUACCACCAGAAGAUACUGCUCUUUCCUCCUUCACUCGAGAAUCAUUGAUAGAAGAUGGUGGACUAAGCUGGCUUAAAAAGUCUUACCAAAGAAUGAAAGAACAAGCUGAGAAACAAAAUCGAAAUUUUGAAGAUGUUGUAGCAGAAAGAUAUGGGUCAAUGGAAACAUUUCAGUCACGAUUAGAAGAAGCUAAAAGAGCAGCAUCAAAAAGUGAUAGCUAUGGAAGAGAACGAUGGAGAAAAUCAAGAUACUCAGAUAAAGAACAGAGUGGACAAGAAAGUAAAAAAACCAUGGAGAAAAAUGUUUUAGACAGUACCAGUAAGGACAUUUGUUAUGAAUAUUCAAGUGGCAGUUAUAGCAAACUAAAUAUGAAAAGUGAUCGAAUAUCUAGUAAAGAUAAAUAUAGAGAAGAGGAGAGAGAAAAUAGGUCAAUAGAACCAGCUAGAAAUGAGUCAUAUCAACUGAGGAAAGAUUACGAUUCAAGAAAGAAACAAGAUUUUUCUUUACUUGGACAUUUCAAGCAUAAAUUCUUGAGACCUUCUGAAGAUGAUGAAUUACCAUUUGGUAGUGGAAAUUCUGAAGCAUCUUUUGCCUCAGCAUUGUUAGGUCAAGACUCUUUGAAUCAUAAUUUUCUAAAACCUGAUGAAAACACUGAACAAAUUUCAUUGUCAUGGAGCCAUGAAAAGAGAGGUGGAGAGAAACAAAAUUCAGAUAAAAAAUUAGUUAAACCCACUGGAAGUACUGAUGAUAUUCAAGAAAUUUCAAAGAACACAAGAGGAAAAUCACAGGAAGAAAAUACAAGUACUUCUCCUGAGAAAAGAGAAUUUCUACAGAAAACUAAGACUUCAUUUUCUGGAUGCAAUUUAGAAGAUGAACCGAUCCACCUCCUAAGUGAAGAUGAGAUGAAUAAACUUGGAGCCAAGAUUAUCAAGGCAGAAUUAAUGGGGAAAAUGGAUUUAGCAGUACAACUUAAAGCACAGCUUGAAAAAGCACGCAAAUUAAAAGAAUUGGGAAUUCAAGAAUCAACAAGAAAAUCUGAGAUGGAGGGUGAAAGCAUGCAAGAAGAACAAGAGGUGGUCCUUGUCAGAACAGAUCAUUCUGGAAGGGCAUGGCCUGUAAGUUCACCAGGAGUACCAUCAGAACCUAAGGAAGGAAGAAGGAAAAAACAGAUGGUAACAACACACAUAGAUAAAGAGCGUGUCAGAUACUUUCAUGAUGAUGAUGACUUAAGCCUAAAGGAUUUGGUUAAAAAUGAAAAGAUGGGAACAGCAGAAGAUCAAAAUAGAGUUUUCAUGAAGAUGGUAUCUAAGCUUACAGAAAAAACUGAUAAGGAAUAUUACAGUUUGGAUGACAUGUUUGUCUCAAAGGCAGCCAAGAAGGAAUGCUUUGGUGGUGAUGAGGAGAAACAGAAGAAAAAAGCAAUCUUAGAGCAUCAGAAGCUUGCUGCACAAAUGGAGAAGUGUCCAUAUUGUUUUGAUAGUUCUCAGCUUCCCAAGCACCUUAUCAUUGCAAUUGGCAUCAAGGUUUACUUAUGCUUGCCCAAUUGCCAGUCACUUACCGAAGGGCAUUGUCUGAUAGUCCCAUUGCAGCACCAUACAGCAGCUACUGUAUUGGAUGAAGAUAUUUGGGAGGAAAUCCAGAGUUUCAGAAAGGCACUGGUAAAAAUGUUUGAAGAUAAAGAACUAGACUGCAUCUUUUUAGAAACAAAUAUGAGUAUGAACAAACGCUAUCACAUGGUUUAUGAGUGUAUUCCUCUUCCAAAGGAAGUAGGAGAUAUGGCUCCUAUCUACUUUAAGAAAGCUAUAAUGGAAUCAGAUGAAGAGUGGUCCAUGAACAAAAAAUUAAUUGACCUAUCUUCAAGAGACAUCCGAAAGUCUGUACCCAGAGGCUUGCCUUACUUCUCUGUGGACUUUGGCCUUCAAGGAGGCUUUGCCCAUGUCAUUGAAGACCAGCAGAAGUUUCCUCAUUACUUUGGAAAGGAAAUUAUUGGUGGUAUGCUGGAUGCAGAACCAAGACUUUGGAGGAAGGGAAUCCGAGAGAACUUUGAUAACCAGAGGAAGAAAGUGCUACAGUUUGCUCAGUGGUGGAAACCAUAUGACUUUACUAAAAGUAAAUGACUGUGGGAAGAAUGUGUUUAACUAACUGGAACCUUUUCAGUCUCUCCAGCGCCACUACCAUUUUCUCUCGUCUUUCUCAACCUGAAAUGACCAGCCCUUAGGUCACAAAGAGGAAGAAUAAUAUUAAUAGAUCUAGGGAUGCGACAUGGCAAGGAUUGUUAGCCACCCACAGCAGUUGUUAACCAGCACCUAAUAUCACUGGUUUAUGCAAUUUCUUUAUCUCCUGAACUGGAGAACUUUUCUGUAGUGAUCAAGGAGAAUGACUGAAUUCAUUGAGAAACCGGCCUCUGCCCUAUAUUUUGUCCUGGUGAGGAUACAUUAUUAUCUUGGUGGAGAUACUGUCACAUUACCCUUGUUUUCUACUUUAGGAGUAACUUCUGAAGGAAGCAAAUCACUGAUCUAAAGAAGAGUCUGGGAGUUCCUGAUUCCAAGUUACCAUGAUCUCUGGUUCAAUCAGAGCAGUAACUGAAGUUUUGAUUUAAAAGAAAAGACAGCUGUUAUUUUAAACUAGUGACCUAUAAUGUCAAUAAUUUAGUAUGUUAAAGGAAGGAGAAUGUCUCUAAAUGUAUAAAUGAAAAAUUAAAAGCUGAUAAUGAAAAAAAUCAACUACAUUUGUGUGAAAUAAAUUCAAGGUUGUUUUAAAUUCUC